GCAUUGAAAGAGAGAACGCUAGAAAAUUCGCGCAUAAUUACAAAACAAAUAGAAGGAAAUUUAAUAAAAAACUCACAAAAAUGGCAUUUUUGCUUAGAAAUUCUUUAAAAUUUAGCUUGGGCAAGCAAUUUCUUAAAGUUUAUUGCCAACAAGGCCAGCAAUUACAGCUGCAAGGUUUGAAAACCACCAAUGUGAUUCUAAAUCCCCACAAACAAAACCCAAAUACGACGCAACAAAAUGACAAUGCUAAUAAUGCGAAGAAGCACAAGGAUUCGCUUAAGAUAACAUUAAUUCAGAAUCAAAAUAUCACAGUAACAGCUUUGGAGGAUGCCAAAAAUUUGGCCAAACGUAGAUCAAUGCAUUUGGUAAAGGUGCAAGAUAUGGAUACUAAAACACAAAGGCCGGUUUAUAAACUUUUAACUGCUGCCGAAAUGUUGCAAAGUGAACUGAACGACUCGAAGAAAUCUGAUAAAACAAAUGCUGCCGCUGACAAAUCGACUACAAAGAAAUCAGAAAAGUCCUUAAAUAUUGGCUCACGCAUAGCUGAUCAUGAUUUAUCCUCACGUUUGAAAAACAUCUCCAAAUGGUUGACUAAACAACAUGAAGUACGCAUUUUAAUACAGGGCAAUUCCCAGCAGGAUAUGGCCAAUUGUGAGAAAAUCUAUAAAACCAUAGAGGAUGUCAUUAAAACCCCCGAAGUUAUAGGCAAAAUUGUGCAAAAACGUACUAAAGGUAACAUAGUAAAGUUUACUAUAUUACCAGUUGCACCAGCUCCAGCAAAUGAGAAAUCUGCUGGCACUACCCAAUGACUUGCAGUGGGCCAUUUGGCUUCUCUCAAUUUUUUACAUCUACACAACAUACGCUGCUAUUCUAGAUUAUCCACACAAAAUCUCAGUGAAGAACGUCUUUUAUCUUCCUCGGCUUCUACGCACUCCUCCAUGGCCAGUACUUAUAAGGGUCCCUUGGCUUUGACGUUUUUGAGCAUAUGCUUUAUAACUGUUAAGUAUGUGUUUUGGUGGAAUUAUCUGGAUAAAGCAAAUGAGCUGGAAAUGGCGGAGAAUAAAAAUGGCUUAAAUUGAAAUGGCUUUUGAUAACCGGCAUAAUGAUAAAAUGAUAUUUAAAGGAAAAUGUUAGUAAUUUUUUUCGAUUUUUUGGUUUUUAUUUUAAUUUAUUGUUAAUUGUUAAUAUAAAAUAAUUUAAUAUUUAGUUCUUUUUUCUAAUUUGCAAAUAAAAAUUUAAACGACUGAUAGUUCAAGAUACAUUCAUAUAUACAUAAA